AUGGAGGACAACGAGGGCGGUGUGCUCAAAGAGGGCUUCCUGGUCAAGAGGGGUCACAUCGUCCACAACUGGAAAGCUCGAUGGUUCAUCCUCAGGCAGAACACGCUGCUGUACUACAAGCUGGAGGGAGGACGGAAAGUGACCCCUCCCAAGGGCCGCAUCCUCCUGGAUGGCUGUACCAUCACCUGCCCCUGCCUGGAGUAUGAAAACCGGCCUCUGCUCAUUAAGCUGAAGACUCGCACAUCCACGGAGUACUUCCUGGAGGCCUGUUCUCGAGAGGAGAGGGAUGCUUGGGCCUUUGAGAUAACAGGAGCUAUUCACGCCGGGCAGCCAGGGAAGGUCCAGCAACUCCACAUACAGAGAAACUCCUUCAAGCUGCCACCUCACAUCAGCCUGCAUCGCAUUGUGGACAAGAUGCAUGACAGCAGCAGUGGGAUCCGGCCAUGCCCCAACAUGGAGCAGGGAAGCACCUACAAAAAGACCUUCAUAGGCUCCUCCCUGGUGGACUGGCUCAUCUCCAACAGCUUCGCGGCCAGCCGUCUGGAGGCAGUGACCCUGGCCUCCAUGCUUAUGGAGGAGAACUUCCUCAGCCCUGUUGGUGCCCGGAGCCUGGGAGCCAUGCGCUCUGGGGAUCUGGCCGAGCAGUUCCUGGAUGACUCCACGGCCCUGUACACUUUUGCUGAGAGCUACAAGAAGAAGAUAAAUCCCAAGGAAGAAAUCAGCCUCAGCACUGUGGAGUUAAGUGGCACUGUGGUAAAGCAAGGCUAUCUGGCCAAGCAGGGACACAAGAGGAAAAACUGGAAAGUCCGGCGCUUUGUCCUGAGGAAAGAUCCAGCUUUCCUACAUUACUAUGACCCUUCCAAGGAAGAGAACAGGCCAGUUGGUGGAUUUUCUCUCCGUGGCUCACUCGUGUCUGCGCUGGAGGAUAAUGGUGUUCCCACCGGUGUUAAAGGGAAUGUCCAGGGAAAUCUCUUUAAAGUGAUUACUAAGGAUGACACACACUAUUACAUCCAGGCCAGCAGCAAGGCUGAGCGCUGUGAGUGGAUUGAAGCUAUCAAACGGCUAACGUGA